CUCCCCCUGCCGCCGACCACCCGCGCCUACGUGCCGCCCGCGCCGCGCCUGCAGAGGGUAUGUCCGCCUUGCUAACACUUACCGCGCAGAGAACCUGCUGGACCUGGCGCCCCUCCCCCUGCCGCCCACCACCCGCGCCUACGUGCCGCCCGCGCCGCGCCUGCAGAGGGUAUGUCCGCCUUGCUAACACUUACCGCGCAGAGAACCUGCUGGACCUGGCGCCCCUCCCCCUGCCGCCCACCACCCGCGCCUACGUGCCGCCCGCGCCGCGCCUGCAGAGGGUAUGUCCGCCUUGCUAACACUUACCGCGCAGAGAACCUGCUGGACCUGGCGCCCCUCCCCCUGCCGCCCACCACCCGCGCCUACGUGCCGCCCGCGCCGCGCCUGCAGAGGGUAUGUCCGCCUUGCUAACACUUACCGCGCAGAGAACCUGCUGGACCUGGCGCCCCUCCCCCUGCCGCCCACCACCCGCGCCUACGUGCCGCCCGCGCCGCGCCUGCAGAGGUCAAUGGAGAGCUCGAUGAAGAAGUCUCCGGAGCUGGAGGCGCCGGCGGCCGCGGUGGCCGUGCGCAAGGCCAGCGCGAGGCCCGCGCGGCCCGGCACCGCGCACCACCGCCUCGGCACGGCCGGCGUGCGGUAGCCCCGCCAGCCCCGACCCGGCCACUCCGGAGCUGGAGGCGCCGGCACCGCGCACCACCGCCUCGGCACGGCCGGCGUGCGGUAGCCCCGCGUCCAGCCUCUCCGCUCCAGGUCCAGCUCUUUGAAGUGACCACAUUAACUAGCAGUAAAUGAUCCUGUCUCUCUGAAAAUUAUGAUGGAAACUUUCCAUAUGGAGGCAUUUUUUUUUCCCUGAUGGUUGUUUUGGAGUAGUAAACCCUAGCGACAUUGAUAAAGACGGCUGUAUUUUGCUGCAAUUUUUAACAGACUGGCUCUGUAGAACUAAGUUUCUAGGCUUUAAUAUUCUAAAAGUCCAGUAUUUAUGCUGUGGUGCACGGAGGAUGUUCAGCAUCCUGUGUAGCAGCCGCGGCCCUCACAAUACUGUUAGUUCAGCUAUGCGAUGUUUUUAUACAAUAUUGUUAAUGCCAAACGCCCCGCUUAGUCGCGUGGCUCGUUGAUCUCUGUGCGCGUUACGCCUUUACCAUGAUUUUAUAUUCCAGUGUGGGCAGAUACUUAUAAAAAUGCCUAGAGUAGAGUCUGUCUAAUUUUUGAGCUCUUAAUUUCCAUUUGGGCGUAGUCAAUCCAGGUUGUUUUUGUUUUAGAAGGAUUUUAUUUUACGGUUGUUAUUUUAUGUGAAUUUUAUUUUAGCUUCACGUUAAGUUGGAGCAGGUGAUAUUAGGUAGUUUCAUAGUUUAUUAAACUUAUUUGUAUGUAUUUAAAUUCAAUUGUAUCGUAAAAUAAAUGAACUUUUAAGAUAAUUCGAUUGUACCAGGCACACCAGCAUCCCACGAUGAUCCUGGUGCGAGUUCAAAUGUUUACCAAAGACGGAAACUGUCCAUUCCACGCACUUGUCCCACAAUUGUUGAUAUUACCAGUGAUCAUGUUCCUUUACUUGUAAAAUUCAUAAAUUGUAAGUGGUUUUGUUAAAUUAUUAUUUAUCUAGACAUGGUUUCUAGUCAAUGAUCCUUGUAUACAUUUAAUGUAAAUAGUUAUUAGAUAUUAAAGUAUAGAUAGUGGUAGCGUAGCUAGUUGCAAAUGUCGCACAAUGCUGGUGCCUCGCGUCGUGUACUCAGUUCUGUAACUAAAAUGCUUUAAUUUAAAAAAAAAAAAUUAAAUUCUGUCUUAAAGCCUUCAUUGAAGCUGAUUUUAUAUUGGUGUAUUUAAUUUGUGUUUAAUUAUGAACAGAAGAAUGGAAUCAUGUGAUAUGUAUUGAAACCGCUAGUCAGCUGUGCCGCGUACACGCUUAUACUCACUAAUAAAACAGUUUAAAUUUUA